AUGCUACUAAGCAGUGGCGUCCUCGGUGCCUACCUACCAGGAGGCAACGAUAGGUAUAUUGGCAAGCGCAAAGAAGACUGCACCACUUCAUCCAGCUUGAGCAUUUCCCCCGAGCCGACUGUCACUCCUCCAGCGACGACGUCCAAUUCCUCCACCUCGAUCUGGGGAACUGGAACUGAUUGCAUCUCGAGCAACGGCGGAAAGUGGUGCAAAACAUCCUUAACCACCGAGUGCUACACUAGCAUCGACUAUACCUGGUGCUUCCCGCCUGGCCCCGGCCCAACAACCGAAACCUCGUCUUCCGAGUCAUUCCGGGACUCUGCAACGCCGUCCACCACCGACUCGGAAUGGUGGUCUACCCUCACCAAGGUCUCGCUCAUCACCUUCUCCCCGAACCCUACCACGACCACGUCUGACGACGGCGAUUUUCCUAAGGACAAGCGUCAACAUCUCGAGAUAAGCGAAACGGGGUGGAAAAAGCGUGUUGAGCCUACAGGCACCGUGGACCAAACUGACGACAGCAAAUUCCCUAAGGACAAGCGUCAACACAUUGAGAUAAGUGCUACAGGUUGGAAGGAGCGUGCUGAGCCUACUGGCACCGUGGACAAGACUGACGACGGCGAGGCCCCUAAGGACAAGCGUCAACACCUCGAAAUAAGCGAAACGGGGUGGAAGAAGCGUGCUGAGCCUACCGGCAGCGUGGACCAGACUGAUCAUGGCGAGUUCGCCAAAGACAAGCGUCAACACAUUGAAAUAAGCGCUACGGGGUGGAAGAAGCGUGCUGAGCCUACCGGCACCGCGGAGAAAACCGAGAACGAUCAGUAA